AUGGAGAAAGAAGGACACAUCGGCCCCGACCGGCCCUCAACAAGAGGAGAAGCCAUGAUUUUCGUGCCUGAAACCGGGGCCAGGAAUGACCUCCACGCGGAGAACUUACGACCGAUGCCCUCACCGAACCAUUGGAAAACCCAGAGGAGGGGGGAGAAGAAGGAAUCAUCGGUGACGAUGACCCGGCGGCGGAGACGUGGACGCGCGGGGGGAGACGGCGGUUGUUGGAUAUAAUUGAGCUCCGGGGGGCCGCAGGGGGGAGAAAACGACGUGGGGCUCCGGCAGGGGAACACCAGAAAGAGAGGGAAGAACAAGUGCACACGUGCUGUUGCAUUCAUGAAAUCGAAUAAGGCCCCGCUCAAGGGCUGAUCUUCUGCGCGUUCAUAUUACUAUAAUGGGUUUCUGCUGGAGCGGACCCCCUGCGCCGACGCGAGCUCUGCUACAGAGACUACACCCUCGACUGCCUCUCUCCCUUCCAAUAAAGCUGCUACCUUCCUGUAACCAAAGGCUUCCUUGGAGGAAAAAAGGGCCUUCUCGGCUGCUGCCAUGUUGUCUGCUUCUUUUCCGUCUUCUGUUCCAUGAAGGCAACCGGAAGCAGUGUCCGCUCUCGGUAGCAUGGCCGAAAUGUCGACGGCGAGCUCUCCAUCGGACAGACGAGUUGAGCAGGUGAGGGGUCUCAACUGAUGUUCUAAACCCAGUUCCACUUCUCCCCACCACCCUCCCCUACCCCUGUUUUUUUCUCGUUAUGGAGUCUGCCCCCGGCUUUCUUGAUGGUUUCUCCAGAUCGCUAGCUUCUCGAGCCAUCUGCGUAGAAAAUUCAUGCCUACAGUGGAUCAAAGUCACCUUGGUUAAAGAUCAAGGAGAGAGCCAUUCCACCGAUACACUCUGCAGAAUUCCGUCCGAGCUUCUGUGUUCUCGACGUGUUUCUUCCUGGAGAUGUACCCUCUAGGACUCGAGCUUUGCAGAAACCUGAAGAACACCGGAAGAUGAACCUCCACUCGAGCCAUUCAGCCGCUUAUUUCGUUCUUCUGCUACCGGAAACUCGUGAUUGACGCAAGCAUCUUCAGCAGAGGCUGUCCCAGGAUCCAUUAGUCAACUGCCCUCUUGUUGUAGCGUCCCCAUCGAUUCGCUGUCCUGUUCAUGCUAAAAGGCUCCUGGAAUUUCUUUUUUUCUCUUGAUGAAGGCUAUUGUCGCGUUGAAGAGGGGAGCUCAUCUUCUGAAAUGCGGGAGGAGAGGGAAGCCCAAAUUCUGCCCUUUCAGGUUAUCCAGUGUAAGAAACGAACCUCCCGACGCCAGUGGCCCGUAAAUUUCUGCAUAAAAGCACGAGUCCUCGAGAGAUAUCUGCUUCCAUUAAUGGAUGAUAUCAUCCUACUCUGUCUCGUUUACCUUGGUGUGAGAUUUUCUCUGAUAUCUUUGAGGAAGAGCUCAAUAUACACCGCCUUACUUGACAUCGGCCUUUUCUCUGAUUAUUCUCUUCGUUCCUCCUUUGCCAAUGCGAUUGGCAACGGCCGACUGUUCUUCAGGAUGAGACGGCUUUAAUCUGGUAUUCAGCGCAGGAGGAGAGGCGGCUGAACCUGAAUUCUGUGGUGAAGGUCGUCCCAGGGCAGCAAACGGUACGCACCCUAUGGAUUGAGCGUCGCGUGAAAUCGACUGACUUACCCUGCAAAAAUUCAAGGAGUGAUCCGUGAAAUCUAUUCCAUUUCUAGUCCUGGUUCCGUUAAUGUUCUUGACACCACCGAUUCUGCAGGUAAAUUUUCUCCGUCAACCUCAACCAGGGAAGGAAGCUCAGUCUCUAUCCCUCAUUUAUCAAAGUGACGGGCGGUCCCUCGAUCUGGUACUCGCUCAUCUUCUUCACCAUAAUUUUUUCAAGGGGUUACAUGGCUGAGAUCAUCACCGGUUAUCCAGAUAUGCAAGGACAAGGAGCAGGCGGAAACCUGGUUCUUAGCAUUGAAGGUGAUGGUGUCUGAAUCUCAUAAUCCUCCUUCCAAGGCCGCCAUUAAGCAUACCAAAGGGACGCAGAGCGUGGCAAUUAGCCCUGUCGGGAAUGGCUGGAGGAAGCACAACGGCGAGUUCCUGGAGUCCUCGGAGAAAUUUGCCCAGGUUGAUAAUGGCGAACAUCGAUCUGCUGCGGUGGAGUAA